GUGAAUACAGAGCCCUCUACUCGCGUUUUAAGGGGCAGAAAAAUACGGGGUCUAUUAGGCUUGCUAUAAGAUUUUGACAUUCUAAAAGGUUUCUUUUCCUUUUAAAAAACCCAAACAAUUCAACUGUAUACAUUAGAUGUAGGUUAUUUUCGGUCGGGCAGUCGGACCGACUCGUUUUAGAAACUAUAUGUUCCUCUUAAAGUAGAUAUUAAGAAGAUUUUGCCUCAAGUUUAGAUUUUUUUAAAAUGGCACAAGUUCAGAAUCUAGACAUUUGCUUUUCAAUUUAAACGUUCAUAGAAGGUAUAUACACACCAUAUAAUUAUUCAUUAGUUCUAAUUUUAUAAUGUAUAGGGCCCUGGAUCUAUUUAUAUUUUUUUGUCACUUCUAAGGUUUUUUGUACUGCUAUGAUGAUUAUUGAUAUAUCGAUAAAAUUUUCGUGAAAUAAAUAAAUAACCCAAGGUUUCGCCUCGAUUCUUAAAAGGUCCAAAGGAGAAAGCUCGGAGGGGUUCACCAUAUGCACUGAGGGCCAUCGGCCAUGACGUGCAGCUGGUCCUUGGCUUGGCUAGUGAACUCCGUGUCCGAUUGUGCUGUACGUACGUGACGCGUAUCUGUAUGCGACUCCGUGUCCAACCGUGCUGUAGCAUGUACAUACAUCUAGCUAUGGUCUCCGAUUCCGACCGAUACCGCGAGUCCGUUUACGACUUCCCCUUCCUGGUGUUUGAGCUUUACGUUGCUGGUUCCAUAAAUACAAGAGAGGAGCGCAUCGCAGUCUCGCAGAAGACAAAGUUCGAUGAUCCUCGCCGCGCUGCUAAGUACCACACAGAAACCGACUCGACGAUCCGCGUCCGCAACAUAAGCACUAGAGGCAAUGAAGCUUCAUACGGCCGUCCUGGGCGUCAUCCUCCUCCUCGCCCUUGUUCUAAACCCCAAUGGCGUUGAGGCACGGCCUGCCCCUGCCGACGGCCAUCAGAAGAAGUCGUCAAGCUACAGCCUUUUCAUCUUCGGGGAUGACUUCGCCGACAACGGGAACCUCCCGCUAACCGACCCCGUCACCCAGAUGUCGCGGCAGUGGGCGUACCCCUACGGCUCCUCCUAUGUUGACGCCGAUGGAAACCCACGACCAAAUACUCCGUCGGGACGCUUCUCCAACUAUAAAAUUCAGUCCGAUUUCAUUGCAACGAUCCUGGGGCUCGAGGAAGCACCUCCAGCCCACGCCCUCACGGCGGAGAAGACCUGCGAUCCUUCCGGCAUGACCUUCGCUCAUGGUGGUGCUGGCGUGCUGGAUACCACGUCAGCACAAAAGGUACCCACCCUCGCCAAGCAAGUGGACACUUUCAGAAAGAUGGUUAAAGAUGGGAUCAUCUCAGAGAAGCAACUGAGUCGCUCCGUGGCCCUCGUGGCCAUCUCCGGCAACGACUACUACGGGAACACCGGCGUGAUUGGCCUGAGUGCCCCAAACGAUAUCAAUGCUUAUAUUGCGAAGGUGACCAAGGAGAUUUCCGACAAUGUGGACCAAGUGCAGAAGCUCGGGGUGACAAAGGUUCUUGUCAACAACUUGCACCCAGUCGGUUGCACGCCAUCGCAAACAAGGACCAACAACUACACCGCGUGCGAUGUUUUCGGAAACCUAGGUGCAUCUGUCCAUAACAAUAACUUGAAGCAAGUGAUGGCAGCAAAGAAGAAUGUCCACGUUGUUGACCUCUACACCGCCUUCAGUAACAUCGUGGAUAAUGUGCCAGGUAAAGGCCAAGAGCUAUCCAAGCAAUUCAAGCGGAAGUUGUCGCCGUGCUGUGAGAGUUUCGAUUCAAAGGGUUACUGUGGACAACAAGGCGAGUCGUCGGAGCUUCUUUACAGCGUGUGCGACAAGUCCAACAAAUUUUUCUACUGGGAUGACAUGCACCCAACACAUGCAGGGUGGGAGGCAGUGAUGAAACAGGUUGAGAAGCCCUUAUGGGAGUUUAUAGAUCAAAACUAGCUAGGUUCCAGGAUCUUCAUAGAGCCAUGCGUGAUGCCUAUUUUUUGUUUCCUUUGGAUUGUAUCUUGGACUACUUAAAGGCUAUAGUUUUUUGAACUCUGUAAUAAUACUAUAUAUUUAAACGA